CCAAACCAAACCCUAACUAACUACCACCACCACCACCACGUGCGACGGCACUACUCUUUGACACAAGUCACGUGCCGGACACAAAUCGAUAAUUAGAGAAAAGAGAAAGAAGGAAGAAGAAACACAGGCUUUUGGAAACCCUACCGCCCUAUCUCUUACUCUCGCUAUCUCUCAGACCUCUCUGCAUUUCACCCUCUCACCUUCAAGAAUCGUCGUAAUAGGGUCAGUUGGAUGCUUAUGCUUUAAGUUCCGGAUACUGAAAAUUUGACAAGCCCAUUCCUACCACCCCGGACAACCACCCUGGUCAGGUCCAAGACACUCUGGUUGAACCCGUGACUUCAGGGCAGCAUUUUCCUUUCUUAAGUCUUCUAUUUUCCUGGCCAGGGACUCCCAGGAUGCCUCAUUCACCACGCCAUGCUUACCAGCCACCAGAGCUAGAGAAGCCAAGCAACUCCUCACUCCUUUUUGAAUUUCGGUUAUUUCUAACAAAUUAUUUGCGACCAAACUGAGCAUAUACUGAUGGCCACAUCUGCAAUAUUUGAGCUUCAGAGCUUUCCAUCAGUGGCUUUUGCUACGAACUCACCAAUAUGGUUUAUAUAUACAUACUCUUUUACCUACUUAUGUCUGUGUGAUUGUUGAAUACUGAUCAAAUUUCUGUUAUGGGUCCUAUUGUAUUUUUCUAGCUGUGAUGCAUUUGAUUGUUUUAUCUUGUUGCUGAUUUUCUUCUUUUGUUACAAUUCUAUUUCUCAUGAAAAACACUAUAGGUGGGACUAUCUACGUGAGAUUGUAAAUAGAGGAGGGCUCUAAGAAGACAGAAAAUUUCGAAUAUAUAUAAAGGAGCAAAAUUGGAAUGUUUUACAAAUAGGAAACUGGACUAAAAUUUGAUUUUGCUUUUCUUUUAUAAUCUUUUGCUUUCUAAUUCUGAUCUCAGUUAUCUUUUAAUCGCUUCUGGCAGUCACAUGUUCUAAUUUCAGGCAAAACAUCAUAUGGUGUGGUGCUUAUCUUGUUUUCUGCUUUACUACUAAGUAAGAGCAACAACAUCCAAGGAAGCUCUCCGUAUAAGAAUGCUUAUGCACUUGUUAUUGAGAUUCAACAUCCAAUCAUUUUGGGAGGCACUGAUAAAGAGUUUAUAACAUCCUAACAAAGUCAAGAUUUUGAAUAAGGCGAAUUGUUCAUUUGCUUUGCGACUCCUUGUUUUUUAUGUUGGAGGUGCAAAGUUCAUUGAGUCAGAACUCUUAUAAGUUAUUUGCAGUGUCCUUUUCAAAUGUCAGAAGGUUCCAUGGCCGUAGUUAAACCUGAGAUGAAGUCAUACAUUUGGCUUCAAACUGUUGAUGGUUCAAUCCAACAAGUAGAAGAAGAAGUUGCCAUGUUUUGCCCUAUGAUAUGCCGAGAAGUAAUUCAGACAGGCAUGGGAUCUUCCAAAAACUAUGCUAUAUCACUUCCACAGCGAGUCAAUCCUGCUAUCUUGGGCUUAAUUCUUGAUUACUGUCGAUUUCACCAAGUAGCAGGUCGUUCUAAUAAGGAGCGCAAAACUUUUGAUGAAAAAUUUAUUCGGAUGGAUACAAAAAGGUUAUGUGAGUUGACAUCUGCAGCUGACAGCCUCCAAUUGAAGCCUUUAGUUGAUCUCACAAGCCGAGCACUUGCUCGGAUUAUUGAAGGAAAAACUCCUGAGGAGAUACGUGAAACAUUUCAUUUACCUGAUGAUCUCACCGAGGAAGAGAAGUUAGAGCCCCUAAGAAACAUCACCGAUGACCCACGUAUUCGGCUUCUGAAUCGAUUGUAUGCAAGAAAGAGGAAAGAAUUAAAAGAGAGAAAGAAAUUGAAGAAUGUCGAGGUUGAGGAGGAGCGUGUGGAUGAUCGCUCAGUCGAUGAUCUCUUGUCAUUUAUAAAUGGUGGAGAUGAAGAUACAAAGGGGACGAGAACCAGUAAGAAUAAAAAGAAAAAUCGUCGGAGAAAAGAUCAAUCAAAGGAUUCUUCUUUAACCAAUGUAAAUGGAAACCAUAAUAGGGAGUUGCUUGAUCUGCCGUCUGCUUGCCAUGAAGAUGAGGUUAACAAUGUUGUAUUGGCCUCUCCUAGUACAAGUUCAAAGUUGCAAGAUUCUGCCGUUGUGACUUUUUCCCCAAAGCUCGAGUUUGAGGAUGGUGAUAUUGAUGAUGAUUUAGAUCCUGCGAUGAAGGAGGAACUUGACAGGGAAGUGGAGGAUUUUGCACGAAGAUUAAAUUCAGAUUGGCCGGAAAGAAUGCAGGAAAUUUUAUCUUUGGGCCAAGAAAGAAAGUUUAUGCCUAUUUCUAUAAAUGGCAAUGGUUCCAUGGGUAGAUAUACAAGUUUGGAUCAGAGAUAAUGAAUCAAUGAUAGAUAACUUAUUUCUUGAAAAGGACAGCAGCUCGAGUGGUUUGGAGAAGAUGCCAAUAUGGAGUUUGCUACCGUCAAAGGCGACAAGAGUUCACAUUUUUUUUUUUUGGGUGUGGGCAUCAUGUGAGUAUUUUAUUUGUUCUACCAUCGCCAAAAUGCAAUUUCUUUUCAUGGGCGUGUUGUAUGUAGGAAAAUAGAAAAACGAAAAGGAAAAAAAAAAAAAAAUUAUAGUUGGCAAUUCGGGCAUAGUCUGAAUGUGUCAGGUGGUUUGUGAUUUUCAGCAAUGGUCAUUGGCUAGUUUCUGUACUUGAGAUUAUGUUUUCAUAAUUUUUUCAUUUAUAGUAUCUUUAGGCCCUUUUGGCCA